AGUAUCAUUAUCCUCCCAGACAGUGGCGGAUUAUCAAACGUGGCGGCGACCUACGUACAUACAGCCAAACAGUUGUGUUUAUGUACUUGCGUGAUUUGCGCACACUCUCUGAAACGCAGUCGUCAUUCUGCGUCAGCAAUCCGAUAAGUACUUGCAUGAUUAGCUAUGGAGAAGUCUGGGUACGGCCGCGAUGGAAUCUACAGAUCUCUCCGGCCGCCGAUUCUCCUCCCGCGGGACCCAAACUUCUCAAUGGUCUCUUUCCUCUUCCGGAACAUCUCUCAGUACCCGGACCAACCGGCCAUCCAUGACGCCGAUACCGGCCGGACCUUGACUUUUGCGCAGUUGAAAUCCCAGGUCUCCAAAGUCGCUCAUGGCUUGAAGCAUCAACUGGGUGUUAGGAAAAACGAUGUCGUUCUUAUCUUCUCCCCAAACUCCAUCGACGUCUCAGAUGGUGGCCGCGGAUCAAGACGCGGCGGGGGAUCCGCUAAACACGUUCUUGUGUUUCUUGCCUCUGUUUCAUGUGUUCGGGCUUUCAAUUAUCUUGUAUUCACAGCUGGCCAGGGGGAAUUCUGUGGUAAUUAUGGGAAAAUUUGAGCUGGAGAUGAUAUUGAAAACUGUGGAUAAGUAUAGAGUGACGCAUAUGUGGGUUGUGCCUCCCAUAAUUCUGGCAUUGGCUAAGAACAGUGUGGUGAAGAAGUAUAAUCUGACAUCUCUGAGGCAGAUUAGGUCUGGUGCAGCACCCCUGGGGAAGGAAUUGAUGGAAGAGUGUGCCAAGAAUUUCCCUCAGGCUACUGUAAUUCAGGGAUAUGGCAUGGCAGAAACUUGUGGACUUGUGUGUAUAGAGAAUACAAGAAUUGGUCCAAGACACUCCGGGUCAGCAGGAUUGCUGGUUUCAUCAGUGGAGGCGCAAAUCGUUAGUGUUGAUAAACUGCAGCAUCUUCCUCCUGGUAAGUUGGGGGAGAUUUGGGUACGAGGUCCUAACAUGAUGCAAGGUUAUUACAAGAAUCCACUGGCUACUAAGCUUACAAUAGAUAAACAAGGUUGGGUCCAUACCGGAGAUCUUGGAUAUUUUGACGAGGAUGGAAUGCUAAAUGUUGUUGACCGUAUCAAGGAGCUGAUUAAGUACAAAGGUUUUCAGGUCGCACCAACAGAGCUUGAAGGCUUGCUCGUUUCUCAUCCAGAAAUACAAGAUACUGUUGUCAUCCCAUACCCGGAUGCAGAAGCUGGUGAGGUCCCAGUUGCAUAUGUUGUUUGCUCCCCAAACAGCUCUCUGACUGAAGAAGAUGUCAAGAAGUUCAUUGCAGACCAGGUUGCGCCAUAUAAGAGAUUGCGCAAGGUGACGUUUAUAAACAGCGUCCCAAAAUCUGCAUCGGGGAAGAUUCUUAGACGGGAACUGAUCGAAAAGGUACGAGCAAAACUGUAAUGGUAUAGUGGUUUGUUAUUCUGGAAAAUAACUGAAUACAUCUGCUGCUACAGAGAACCUAUUCAUAGUAUAUUAUCAGGCAAUAAACUUGUACUUAUGUUGUAAACUUGGAGGAUAAGUGGCUUCAGGUGAACAUAAAU